AUGUUGCCAAAACGCAAAGCAGAUGCGAUCGAUGGAGAUGGGGUUACUGGUACGAGACCGCCAGAAUUGAAGGCUCCACGGCUUCCCUCAACCACUGCCCGAGGAGUAAUCCAGGCCGGGUUGGCUAGUACCACUACAACACAAUCCAACGCAAAGCAGCUUCCUGUUCCACGUUCCGAAGCUUCACAUGCCAUCGGAAGGGGUGACACCAAUGCUAGCAAUCAAGAUAAGCAUAUCGAGGGUUCACUGCCUUCAAAUAGUCACGUAAACACACAGCUAGCUAAGGCAUCUCAGCCCGUUGACGCAGAUCAGAACCUCAAUAGCUCUGAGAGUGUCAACGUCGAUCAAAAUUCUACAGAAUUGCAGCAUCUUGGCGCCGAUGGGACCAUUCAAGACGGAGCAGAAGCGACAGUGGUUGAUAUCACUCCAAAAUAUCCGCCCCUCACCAAGACGUUCAACAACUCCGACGAGGCGAGACAGUGGCGAUUGUCACAUAUCACAACUAAGCCAUACAUGGAUCCAUCGACCGAUGCGACGAUUGCCAAGGUCGCGUCGAAUCGAGAUAAAUGGGUUCUACGAUUAUAUGAUGCCUUCCGCGAUAUCACCGACGUGGGGGAUCUAAAGGUCACAAGCGCAGCAUAUAAAAACUUCGUACAAGACGCUGCUUACGACACAAAACGUAUAGAGGCGGUGUGUCAUGAGAUCCUAGACGAGAUCCUCUCGCUGUGCAACGACGGUUUCCAGCUAGAGAAGGACUUGGACUACACAAUCCGCUCUCGAGCGACCCAAGUUGAGAAAAAGGACAGGUCUUUGACUUGCAAGCAGCGACUCAAGAAGAUUAUCAACGUCAUCCAGGAGGAAAAGCAAGUGUGCUUCGAUCUGAUGAAGUCUCCUUUUGGAAGCCAAAUGAUGAAAAUAUUUGUCAAUGCUCCAACAGCAUGCGGUCGCGCUAAGGUCAGCUCCCGAACGAGUAACCUUCGGCGGUCGCAGGUCACCAAGGCGGCCAAUGAAGCCACUGGUGCCGCUAGAACAACGGCACCGAAAGCGCUUCGACGCAAGAAUAAAGAUUAUAGAGUCGAGUCAGAUUCUAAGGCGGAAGAGAACGUGCGGGAAACUUCCGCUAACAAAAUUGCCUCGCGGGGUGCGUCGGGCUCUCAGAAUGUUGUUCAGAAACAGGCUCCGUCCAGUUCCAAGGACCUAGCGUCGAGGCCUAUGUUUGAGCGAGCCGUUAGAAAUGGAAUGGCUGUAAACUCUAGGACUACUGCAGCCUCUCAACAAAGUCGCCAGAAUCAGGAUAUUCACGGCUCGGCGAUGCCUGUGGCGGUUUUGGACCCAUCUCCAGAUUCAAGACUCCGAAGUCCAAUCUCUGCUUCCGGAGUACCAGGACAUACUAGUAUUCCAAUAGGCAACACUGUACCAACCGCUCCUGCGCAGAGUUUCGUUCAGCCAAAGCACCAACCCACAGAUUCCACCUCACGCCCAAUCAAAGCCGCUACACGAAAGAGGAGGAAUGCUUCCGCGACGACGCAACCACACAAACAAGGGCGAGAGGCAAAUGCUGGGAGCUCUACCCCUCUACAGCAUAAGCAGGUUUAUAAUAGCCCUGCGGCCACCCAGCCGCUGCAGCAAGAUCUCAGCUUUGGAAUCAAUUACACGCAGGCACCGCAGUACAACGUCAAUAGCUCGACUGAGACUCAUACGGGUGCUGCAGCCAGAGCUCUGCAGCAAAACUUUAGAUAUGGAGGCCGUACAGUCUACGAAGACCUCAUUCAGCAAUCUCAGGCGUACGCCGGCGCUGCAGCCUCACCACUGGCACAGCAGGACUUCAGCUAUGGAGUUAGCCAUACAUCAGCUCACCGCCCGGGCACCAACAACUCGCCCUACUUCCAGGUCCUGGCCGAUGCACCAACUACACCGUGCAAUUUUGAGAAUGACACAGACGGUUCCUUCCAGAGCUCGUUUUCUGUAAACUAUGGUCAAUCCGCCGUGACCCCGGCAGUACCCCAUCCCGACUGCAUAUUCCAGGACGGGGCAUACUACACACCAACCUCUAGAAACUCAAACGAUUACCGACCACCUGGAGCCGACGUUUCGAUGGCUCAAGUCGAUUGGAUGGCGCUUGCGAAUAAUGAUAUGUAUCAGGACGCGAUGAAGCAAAGCCGCUUGGGCAUGGGGAAGGAGAAUCUCAAUCCAAAUAAGCUGGAUGAUGAGCUGUGACGUACUGUGGAAAGCACAGAACAUGCUAGAAUGAAGGUGUAGAACUUGUAGAGCUUCUUUAAUAUUUGAGAAGAAUAAAGACGACUCUCAAAAGAAGGAGCUGUGCUCAAGAACAUCGUGAAUGAUCUCUUAGAUGGCCAGAGCAGGUGUUGCGGUUCGCUGUUUUCACUAUCGAAGAUGGCAAG